AUGGCAACUCAGGCCAAACCCGAUUCCAGCUGGGCGUCCAAUCGGUUGACGAGGACGAACGCUCCACCCGGGCAUCUUUUGUCUACUUUCAAUAAACCUGAGUCGGAAGAUGCGAAAAUCGGAGUCGCGGGGAUAAAUAAGGAGGGUGUCCAUCCUAGUGUCGAGACAAAGCCGGAGAUUGAUACAGACGCGGAGCCCUUGAGCUCCGGUGAAGAGGAAGUCGAAGAGCCCAUGCCAGACAUCGCUCAACCUAGCAUAGAGAACAGGCCAGAGACUAAUACAGACACCGAGCCUCUGAGCUCCCCGCCUCUCAGCUCUCCACCUCCCAUCUCCGAUGAAGAGGAGGAGGAAGUCCCGAAGUCGAGCGCUCCUCAGUCUAGCAUCAAGACGAAGUUGGAUAUCGACACCGAUGCCGAUCCUCUAAGCUCUGAUGAAGAGCAAGUUGGCGAUAGCGAUGCUUCCCCACCUCGCAAAGAGGUGAACUAUACGACUAUGACUUUGGAGGAGAAGCUUGCGGAAGGAAACAACAAAGCGUACAGUAGUCCACACACUCAUAAUGGAUACUCUCGCAAAGGCACUUUUUCGCGAACCCUCAGCGCUAUGACGGGCUCCGAUGAUGAGGACGAUCUAUUUUUCUUCUCCUCACAGAGCCACAAACGGCAAAGGGCAACAAAGUAUGCGUCCAAGACCAGUUAUUUCAACAGGCCGUCUUUCCCCCCACGACCGACUGAGAAAGCGAAAGAGCCGUCACCAGUCGAGGAAACCCCCAAAGAACCCGAGGAAACGUUCAUAAUGCCCAAGGACAUUGAAAACUCGAGUUUCCGAGAACCUCGUGGCGGGGAAGACUCAAACUCCAGUUUCUCACACGGCCCUUACACGAUGGAAGAAUACGAAGCAAUGCUGCUUGAUAAUGAUUCACCACUUUCAUCCCCAUCUUCUUCCACUUGUGAGCAAAUGUCGCAGCUAGAGGAACUCGCAGCGAAAGAGAACCGCAAACCAUCACCACCCCGCCGAGCCCUGUGCCCGAUGUGCCAUAAGGAAGUAGACUGGGCAUCGCUGGAACUUUUCAAGUCACAGCCGAAGCAAAGAAUUCGCGAACAGGUCAUGUUCUGCGAAUCGCACAAACUUCGCAGUGCGAUGGACUUGUGGCGGGAGCGAGGGUACCCUAACAUUGACUGGGAUGGGUUUGAAGAGCGUGUUCAGAGCUAUUUCCCCCAACUUGAAAAAUUACUUGUGCCUGGUGCUUUCUCUUAUUACCGAAAUAUUUUCAGUGCCUCUUUCGCACCAGGGAAAGCGAGAAACUCCCGUGUGAGACUGAGUGAUGGCGAGAGACUCGAAACGAUGACCUGUGGUUAUUACGGUACCAUGGGUGCAACCAAAAUGUAUGUGACAAUCAUCCGUCGUUUCUCUGUGGUUGUACGUCGCCUGGCGACAACAGAUGAUCUCAUCAAGACGGCAGGCGUGGCUGGCUACACACAGUCUGUUCUUGUGCCUGAACUGGCGGUGCUCUUGGUCAAGGAUGACAUGAAAGUCACCGACGAAGACGCCCGUCGGAUUAUGAGGGAGAGUAUGGACAUUGGUCACAGGGUCAAUCCAGACCGCAAUGUCGUCCCGAUACCGGAAGAAGUCGAUUUAUGA